CACACCGACAACAACAUCGCGGCCGCGAUGGACGACRACUUGGAUGACGACGACGAAGUGGUCGAAGAAGUGGAUGUCUAUCUGAACAAAAGUCUUGCCGACAAUCUCUACGUUUUCCAGUACUGGUCAGACGGKUCGCCGAUUGCCCAGUCGCGCGACGUUAAUGUCAAGGCCCGACCAAAUCACCGRAUGUUUGAAAUAGAAACCAAAGUCGACACCCGAUCGGCUAAUUUUGAUCAGAAAAAGAGCGAAUAUUUUGGAAAAUUGUUGGCAAUGAGUGACCAGAAAUCAGAGUCCAACAAGAAAUCGGAUAAUAGGAGAACGUCAGCCGAUUACGAGAUGAUGGCCACAAACAAAAAGCUCGAUAAACAAGUGCUGAAGUCGUCGGAAAUGCGGCCAACACUUGGCCARUACUGUGUGGCCGUUAUUCGCAGCGAUUGYCAAGAGAUGCACUUAAAUCCGAUUCAAUCGAUCAUCCAGUUUAGACCUCAACUYAACUAUUUGGACAAUAAAACACCCGAAGUGAGUGCCACCGUCAGCGGCGCCGGCGGCRGCUCGAAAUCCAAAUCMUCCAAUACGGCCGCCGGCGAUGAAGARUCCGAGGCCGAUAUGUCUCAGGACGAGACUGAAGGCCAGUCGAUUCAGACCAUAACCAUGCGRUUYGCUGGCGGCGAUGAGGACAAGGCUCGCAAAGCCCGUGAAAAGACGUACGCYUUUCUCCAGCAAUCGUUGGCCAAAGAUAGUUGGACUMCWGUUAAAUGCCAUCCAAUUGAUAGCCAAAUAUCAUCGGAUAAUAGGAUGUCAAUGAUAUAUAACUCAUCAGAUGAUACGAAUAAUGGUGAAUAUAAUACCAGUUCCAUAGCUAGUCUUAGAGAUUUCUUAGAGAGACUCAAAUGUUUGGAUGAGACGACACAACAACAACAAUCACAGUCGUCUUCGUCUGCAUCCACGGCUACCACUACCACAUCAUCGCAGAUCAGAUGUCUAUCGCAGAUUGGUUUGCUAUCAUAUGCCGAUCAGGUCCGGGAAUUGUUAAUCAAUGCUAAACUCUUGUCGUUUGAUGAGAUUAUUAGUCUACUAAAGGGAGACUUUGAUCAAACAUCGGUACUCAAAAGUGUCCAAAUCUAUGCACUGCUMGUUCGGGGCMAUUGGGUCGUCAAAAGUGAAAUACUCUAUAACAGAGAACAGAGGCCCAGAAGUGCCAACACUGGUAUACCUAUUGAACAGUUGUGUCGUACAAGAGAUUACCUGAUCUGGCGAUUCACACAAACCAAGUCGUUGUCGAAAAUGGAAACGUUUUCGGUGUAUAAAAACCGGAUUCCCGACGAAGAUGUGGUCGAUAUUCUCAAACAAAUUGCCCGAUUUGAUCGAUCAACUAAACUGUGGACAUUUGCCGCCGAAGACGACACUGGGUUUAUCGAUAGAUAUCCGGAUGUUGUUCAACGACAACAGCUUCUCUGGUCCAAUAGAUAUCAUGGCUUAGAGCGGACUUACAAUAAUAAUAAUAAUAAUACCAAUGUUGUUGUUGCCAUCAAAUCGGAACCGAUGACGCCGGACAACAGUAGUAGUGGUKUAGGGAAAGGAUCAGCAACUGGUCAACGAAAGCGCCGAAACUCAAGACGAGUUUCKUCUAACUCGACGACCACCAGUGCYACCGSCGGCGACGACACAGAGAUUAUCGAAGCUAUGAGUUCGUCGACAGCGACAAUGAAUCCAUCAGUGGUAGACAAUAAUAUCAUGGCUGUGAAGAUUAAAAAAGAACGCAAAUCGCCGACAAAGUCGAUGAUGGCCGCGACUAUAACGGCGAGUGGCAGCGGUUGCAUUGCGGCCAAAAUCAAGGAACGCAAACGAUCGAAAUCGCCGAAAAUGGCUGUCUUCGAGAUUAAUACGACGGCUACACCCUAUCCGGCGGACGAAGAGUUUCGCGAUUUAGUCAAAUUGAUUCACGAAAGACUAAAGUCAGCGCACUGUACGACCUCUGAAGAUCUCCGGCAAUACGUCAGUGACAACAACACCGCCACCAACCGUUUAUGGCUAACAAUUGCCGAAGAAGUGAUCGACAAGGCUGUAGUCGAUUCGGGCGGCUUUCGAGUUAAUAACAAGUGGCCACAGAAUGCCACUCAACAGCCGCUCUAUGCCUACACCAAGUUUGGCGACCAUUUGGACGAUUUCAGGGAUACGCUGAUCGAAAUGUUUGCCGAUCAGACCAGAAUUCGGGUGACGGCUUUCAUUGAGAAAGUCAAAGACAAACAGUUGACCGGUGAUCGCAAUUAUGACAUAACGUGUAAUAAACUACUAAAAGAUUAUUGUAUUAAUAAGUCGAGCGUCUAUUAUCUUAAGGGAACUGUUAGUCCCAAUUGAUUCCAUGAUUUAGUUUAAUUAAUAAACAAUAAUAAUAAUAAUUUACAUUUUAUUCAUUCAUUUACAUCUACGACAACAAUAAGUCACUUAUAAAACUGUACACUUAAAUUAUUUUAGCGGCCAUUUAAUGUAUUGUGUGUC